AUGCCGCCGCCGAUGAGCUCUAGCGCCGCACCAUCGGCGACCAGUGUCCGCCCGCCCGCCAUCACCGCCACCAGGGACACAUCGUACACAACCAGCACGGACUGCACGAGCCGCAGGUUCGACAGCACCAGCACCGGGGCGUAUAGCGCAGACUGCGAGCCGGGCAGGUACACAAGCGGAGUAGACGCCGCAGUGAUGAGCAGCGAGUCAGUCACAGUCAGCACCGACCCAGCAGAGAACGUGCCAGUCAGCGCAAUCACGCUGUUGGACACUGUCAAGCCGCACAUUGACAGCUCCACGGGCACCGUGCCCGCCCCGCCCAUCACGUACAGCACGGCGCCGUUGCGCAGCGACACGUUCUGCACGACGAUCCGUACGCCGUCGCUCGCCAACCACGGCACGAAAAUGGCCGCAUGA